CCGCACAGCGCGCCGGGUCGGAACCCCCUGGGGCGGGCGGUGGAGCGCCCCCCUCCGGGCCCGCCGAUCCCCGCGCCCCGCCCGCCCCAGGGUCGCCAUGGCAACGGACGCCGGGUUCGGGACUCCGACUCGCCGAGCCCGCAGCUCCGCGGGAGGCGCCCGGCCCAGCCGCCAGCCCGGGGCUCCGAUGGAGAGCGCGGACCGCACGCCCGCGACCGAGGAGUGCCGGAAGAUCCUCGAGAACCUCGAGUCGACCAUUGAACAGUUCCGGUUCAGCCCCAGACUUACUAUUUCAGAUGAUUUGAAAGUUGGCUUUUUCAGUACAGACCAUGCUACUCAAACAGAUUACAGUGAAAUUCUGCCAUUAAAAGAGUUGAGUUCAUCUACAGAAAAGCUAAUACAGAUUAUUAGAUCUCUUCAAGUGGAUUUUGGGUUCCUCAAACAAUUGCUUCAGUUGAAAUUUGAGGACCGUCUUAAAGAAGAAUCUUUCAGUCUCUUCACUGCUCUACAUGACAGGAUCCUAAAAAUUGAAAAACAUUAUCAAGAGAAUGAGGACACCAUAAGAAAAUGCUACAAUCAGCAGUUGGCUGAUGCCAUAGCAGUUAUCAAAGGAAUGUACAAGCAAUUCUUUGAGGUGGAAGAAGAGUCUUUUGUGCAAGAAUCAGCUACGAUCAAAAUGAGUAUUUUGUUAAAAAAACUGAAGGAGAGAGAAGAGAUUAUUAAGGAAUUAAGAGAAGAACUAGACCGAUAUGAAGAGUCUAGACUUCAAAGACUUGACGCUUUUGCCAGAGAGACGACCCUGGAGAGGGAAAAUUUGGAGUACAAAGUAGCAAACGAGAGACUGCUUCAAAUCAUUUCAGAACUGGAAGAAGCAAUCCGACUCAACCUAAAGGAAAAUUCAGUAUUAGAAGAUGAAAUUAUAAGUCUGAAAGAGAUGGCAGAAAAGAAUCAUAAAACCAUUCAAAAGCUAACGGAUGGUAGAGACAGAUUACUAUGUGAGCUUGAUUAUGAAAAAUCAUUAGUUCAAGAAAUGAUUAAUAAACAGAAGGAGGACAUGGAAAUAAGGAAAAAGUUGGACAGCUCAGGCAGCAAGAGCCUGAAACCAGUCAAAGUGAAAGAAACCGCUUUGUCUCCGUGGCCCUCACAGCCCAGGAUUCCAUCCAGAAAUAGAGCCAUUUCAAGGUCACACUCACCCUCCCUCACUGUAGCGACUGUUAAGACCAAGAUAGUUAAGACACCAAAGAAAUCUGCAAAGGAAGAGCAGCCCGUGACUGAAGACAAACGUAUUUUGGAGGAGCAAAUACACAUACUAAAGGCUAAUUUAGAAAAUGAGAAAAAGAAGACAGAAAGAUAUAAAAAAGAGUCAGAUCGGAUAAGCAAAAACUGGGAAAAGAAAUUCUACAUUCUCAAGAAUAGCUUUCAUGUCCUUAAAAAUGAGAUGUUUACUAGGCACACAUUGUUUCGUCAGUUUGCAGUACUUGCUGAUACAUCCUUCAAUUAUAUUAAAUUGAAGCCUUUAUUCGUGCAGUCUAAAUUGAACUCGAUGACAGGUUCUACAUCUUCUGGAAGUGAUCAUACACCUUUGAUAGAUAAGGACCUGGAUGCAGUCAGUGAUCAGACAUUUUCCCCCUCUUUAUCAAAAGGGAGGUUGUCAGGAAAGCUGGAAGAGGAGCCUUUGGAGAAGUCAUCGAUACCCCAGAUAAACCCAGUGGACGAUAUUGAUGCUCCUGAGUAG